GUCCGACCAGCGUUCCGACUCGGAAGACGAACAGCAGUCCCUUUAGAUCCAGAUUCACAGUGCCUAAUACUAUGGCGCUUAAUGCUGUGGUGACUGAACGCCCAGCGUGCGACUUUUGUCAUUCGAGGAAGAUCAAAUGCGAUCGGCAGUUCCCAUGUGCCAAUUGCAUCGAGGCCCUAGUAGAUUGCCGCAGGGAUCGACCCAAGAAACGUAGGCGCACGAAAGGAGCUCGGGUGACCACCUUAUCUGAAAGGCUUGCGGCGCUUGAGUCAUCAGUUGCCGGUUUUUCGUCUCACGAUGGCCUGACUCGUCAUGCAGUAACAAUUGAGUUACCAGAGCAGAGGACUAUUACGAACGACACCAGCGGCGUUUCUCCUACCAGGCAACAAAAUAAUGAAAGGAUUGAGAGGCGAUCGUCGAAUCCAUUGGAUACUAACGUCAGAGACGGCUUGACUCAGCAAACCUCAGAGGGUACUCGAUUUCUGCAAUGCGAGCUUGAGUCAAACCCAUUGCUCGGAACAAACAAAUCCAGACUGAUGAGGGAGGCAAUUAGCUUUGUCAGUCGGAUCUCCAAUACAUCGAACCCAUACUUUGCGACCGAUGCUUUUGACCCGUCUGAAAAAAGUGGCGAUCUUGAGUCAAAGGCGUUUCCACCAGAGCUGUUAUAUAUGAUGACUAUGGAUACUGAGCCAAAUACCAUGAAACAGUCAUUUUGGCCGGACCACGUCUCGUUUGAGACGUUGGAAAGAAUGUGCUUGUCGCUGAUGGAAGGGAAAGAGGACGAACGUACACUUACUUGUUACCGUGUCUGCGUGUAUAUGAAAGCUGCCGCGUUGUUCUGCCGACUACCAAAGAAAGAUCGGAGUGUGCCACUUCGAGAGCACCUGGAAAGAAGUAAAAAGCAAUAUGAACACGAGGUAUACAAAGCGCUUUCUGAGAUUGACUACCUGGCACCGCCAAGUUUGGUUCUCUUGCAAGCAUUGCUAUCUGGUGCACUCUUUAUGCAGAAUCAAGGUGACAUGUCCCGAAGCUGGACAUUGGCAGCUUUCGCAUCUAGAACCUUGGUGUCUCUUAAUUAUCACUCUAUUGACUCAAUUACGCUCUUUGACGAAACGAAGAAUGACAUAUAUGGAUCGUUGUAUACGUGCUACUAUCUCGACAAAAUGCUCAGCGUGCUCCUUCUCAGACCACCCUCACUUCCAAAGCUGAAGGUCAAGCCGGCAAACUUGGUUCGUUUGGACCCUCGGCUUCCUCUCAGCGCCAGUGUCAAAAUCAUGGUUGAGUUUGCACAAAUCCAAGAAGGUGUGCUCGAUAUACUCAACCAAACCAAUAAGAUUGAUCAAGUCACUGUUAUUACGAGGCUUAUACGGGACAUGCAUGAAAUAUAUGCAUUGAUGAAGAAGCACCAAAAUCAAUUACCUUUCCGAGGAACAACUUAUGAAUGGAUUGCCAUCGAGUUUGGCUAUUACGCACUGCUCGCUAGUGUGUUGCACUUGAACCAACGUAUUGUCCAAGAUCGAUCAACACGGGAAGAUUGCCUGCGGGCUUCUCGACAAGCGCUCAUACGGCUGAGAAAAAUUCAGGACGAGAUUUACAUGGAUGCGAACUUCCUUGAUCAGUAUCCAUACUGCCUCACUUGGACACUAUUGUUCUACCCACUGAGUCCAUUUUUUGUCCUCUUCUGCAACGUUGUAUAUUCGGCGAACCUGGAUGAUUAUGCAUUUAUGGCGGAAGUCACCAAAGGGGUUUCACGCUUUGUGGAAACACAUCCCGCCAUUGCUGAGAUCCACAAGCUUUUCUCGGCUUUCCUAGGAAUUGUCAAGCCUCUGAUCCAUAAUCGCCCUAACCCUCCGCUCUCUCAAGCCAUUCCAGAUGCUGCAACGCAAGGCGAUGAACACACAAUUAUAACCAGCAUGGUGACUCAGUAUCCUCCAGGAACCAUCGACAAUUCCCUUAGCUCAAACCUUACCCAAGAAGGUAGAAGUGAUUUACCAGAUCAAGGUAUUGUCAGUCAGGACGGACAGAUUUCUCCAGAUGAUGAAGUCUUGUGGGACCUGAUUGAUUAUCAACCAUGGCUAGGUUGGAUGAGAUCGGAUGCCUUGGCGGAAAACCCCACUUCCAAUUAGCUGUUAUAGC